GUCUGUUCUGGCUACUAUCCCGCUCGUCCUUUCCUCCUCCCUUCCUUACCUUGCAAGAUGAUACUCAAUCGCUUUUACGAUCCCAAUACUCCUAAAGUCGCUGCAGUGGUCCUAUUCUACAUGGCUGCUGCACUCAUUAUGGUGUUUGUCAAUAAAGCUGUCUUGAAUAAUUCGCCCAGCCUUCCGCUUCUGUUCCUUCUGAAUCAGAUGCUCAUUGCCGUAUUAUUGCUGCAUGCCUCUGCUUUUGUCAGCACGCGCAUCGAGAUACCAAAGUUUGAGCUCGCCACCGCCAAAAAGCUGUUCGCCGUUGUAGCUGUCAAUGCUAUCGGUCUGGUGUUCAACACACUUUGUUUGCGAGAUGUGGAGGCAUCAUUUUUUCAGAUCGCUCGUGGUCUUGUUCUCCCGCUAACUAUUAUCGUUUCAUGCCUCAAUACGCGAACCAGCCCUUCCCUUCGCACAAUAAUCGCUGCCAUUUUAGUGACACUCGGGUUCCUUGUUGGCGUUGCCCCUUCCUCUGCUUUACCCAAAGCGUCGGCUCCAUCCAUCAUCUCCUUGGUGUACGGCAUUCUCUCGUCUCUCUUCAUCGCCUUCCAUGCUGUACUCAUCAAGUCGUCACUACCGCAUUGUCAUAAUUCCACAAUCCAGCUUGCAUAUUGGACUAAUGCUGGGACUGCACUCCUUCUCGCACCCUUUGUAGUCUUUGCGGGAGAGCUUGCGAACCUGCAAGGCCUCAUCUAUGAGUCAACAUGGGACGGUCGUGUUUUCAUGUGGGGAAGCCUCAUGACCGGCGUUUUUGGCUUCCUCCUGUGUGUUGCAGGCCUUCUUAGCAUCCAGGUUACAAGCCCCAUCACGCAUAUGUUUUCGAGUGCUGGCAAAUCUGUGCUACAGACGGUACUGGGCGUAGUGAUAUACGAGGAUAUCAUGACGGUGAACCGAAUGAGCUCCAUAUCAAUCAUUACUCUUGGAGCUAUGUAUUACACUUGGGUGAAAUCUGCUGAGUCCACGCCUUCACCCCGUAAGGAUAUUGAUCUCGAAGCCAUGAGAGAACGACAGAUAUUGCAAAAUGACGGAGAUAACGACGAAGCCGCUGUUAUUUUCAGUAUAGAGGAAAAGAAGGGAGAAGAUAAGACAUGACCAGUGACACACGUUCUCGAUAACAAGAUAAGAGUAGAAUAUGGGCACCAUCUCACAAGGACUUGAAUCGAGCGUAGUUUCACGAGCAUUAAGUUUCGGUACUACGAAGUUGGGUGGACCUGCGUAUCCAGAUAUCCGACGUACAUGGACCUCUAUUUCUUGGACAUUUCUUGGUGAAAAACUUGAUUAAUUAUCUACAAGUACGGACUUGCAGUGACUAACUCCUUCAUUGUACUUUGCGGUGGCAGAUUUCUUUACA